CACCUGACCUGACUCACAUCGCCAUUUUGAGCAGCACCUUGUGUCUUUCUGGUAGAAAUCAUCCUUAUUUCUCGAAAGAAAAUGGGAGAUCAACCGUCUUAUGUCGCGUUUUUCGGUGCCAUGGGAGCGACUUCGGCUAUAGUGUUUAGUGCUCUAGGAGCCGCAUAUGGGACAGCCAAAAGUGGAACAGGAAUCGCUGCUAUGAGUGUGAUGCGCCCAGAACUGAUUAUGAAGUCUAUAAUCCCAGUAGUUAUGGCAGGUAUCCUCGCUAUUUAUGGACUCGUUGUGGCCGUGCUUGUUGGCAAUGGAAUUAGUGAAAAGUAUACUCUUUUCAAGAGUUUUUUAGAUCUGGGUGCGGGUUUGAGUGUUGGACUGAGUGGCCUGGCAGCAGGUUUUGCUAUUGGUAUUGUUGGAGAUGCUGGAGUCAGAGGAACAGCUCAACAGCCCCGUCUUUUUGUUGGAAUGAUUCUUAUUUUGAUUUUCGCUGAAGUUCUUGGUCUUUAUGGACUGAUUGUUGCUUUAAUCCUUACCACAAAAAGUGCUUAGAAACAUUGUUGAAUCCUAUCAUGACAUUUUGAAAUUGAACUAGAGUUAAGUCUUAUUUGCUAUUGCUGAAACUUAUUUUUCACAUGGGUGUCCUUGUUAACUUAUAUGUUAAUGUUGUUUGGUUCCUCACUAUGAACUCACUGUUGUCUUAAUUUCUGAUUUUGUCAGAACUGAGCUUUGUAAGUGUUACUUUAUUUGGUUAUGUGAGACCUACAGCUAGUAUGGUCAAGGUAAGAGCCCCUAUGCAUGUUCUUGUUAGGAAAGCUAAGAUAAUCUAAGCCUUGCUUUUAAGGUGCAGAAGUGUGAAAUGUGAUUAAUUAGAAAGUAUUUCUAGAGCAUUGUCAUGGAAUAUCAACUUGAAAGCAACAAGAGAGUGUGAAGGGCCAAAAAAGUAGAAUUCUUUGAAAUUACAUAACCAUGCAUGAAAGCUGUUUCAUUGCGAGUUCUAAUUUAAUAGUAAGGAAAUAAAGAGAAAUUUCCAAUUAGAGCUGGUGAAUUUGUUUUUGCCAGGAAGACAGUGAUAUGAUAAACCAUUAAUUUUAGUUUGUUACUUUUGUACUUAGCGGCAGUGACACCACCAGCAGUAUUCUCUAGUUAUUAUUGUCAUUUUAAAUUACAUAACAAUUCUUAAGAACAAAGCAGAGCAGCAAGUGAUGAAAUUCAAAUUUUAAGCCAAGAAUGUGAAAUGUAUAAGGUGUUACUUACCCAGGAAAUGGUUUCCUUGAUUAGUUCUUGUUGAUUGGCACAUAGGAAAUGUUUGCACUGGAUGUUGCAAACUUAUAAUUUUUCAGCAACUUCAAGUGGUAUCUUUUUUUAGAUCAAGCAAGAUCUUCAAGAUGUUGAAAAAAAUAUAUCAUGGUAUUUUAAUUUGUGGUUUUGUGGGGUGUGACGCCCAUUAGGCAAGAACUGUGACUCAUGAUAUAUCAAAUGGCAUGCAUGGGAAAUAUGUAAAAACCCAACAAAAGAAUGAGUUUAUUAAACUGUCUUAAAUCCUCA